CUCGAUAUACAGUUUUGGUAACAUCCUUUCAGCAAAACUUAAGUUAACAAUUUUUUUAAAUAAAACUCUUUAUGGCGUGAUAAUUUUACACCAUGAUGUGAUACUUCGUGUAGCUUUGUAAUCUAAGGCCUUUCCGGUAUUGGGAGAUUCCUGUAGCAAAAUGCCGUUUCAACGGUUCGUGGAACCGGGUCGCAUCGCCUACGUGAGCGACGGAGUCCAUAAAGGGAAAUUAGUGACUAUUGUAGAUGUCAUCGAUCAAACGAGGGCGCUGGUGGACGGGCCGGAGAGCGGCGUGCCGCGCCGCGCCCUGCGCCUGAACCAGCUCUACCUGACCAAGCUGCGCGUCAAGUUCGCGCACAGCGCGUCGACGCGCGUCGUGCGCAAGGCGUGGCGCGACGGCAAGGUGGACGAGGAGUGGAAGAAGACCACCUGGGCCGGCCACCUGGAGUCCAAGAGGAGGCGAAGUGAGCUGACUGAUUUUGAUCGCUUCAAACUGAGGAAAGUGCGGCAACUCAGAAACAAGAUACGAUCGCAGGCGUUCUUCUCCUUGAAGAAAGCUGCUACAAAAGCGGGCACCUUGUACAAAAGUAAAAGGGUCUUGGCACACGCAGCAAAGAAGAAAGAUGCUCCUAAAAAGAAGAAAUAAAAUUUCAGAUAUAGAUAUGUGUCUUGUAUUUUCUCAAAAGAAAAGAAAAUAAAUUUUUUUCUUUUGUGUGUAUAAACUAAA